AUUGUUCAGGGCAUGCCAAACAUAAAGCUGGCGGCCACUGUGUCGUGGAGAAAUACAGCCGUCUAACGUUUUCGUCUGGAGUUUCCGGAAGGGAGCCUCAAAACUGCAUGGCGCCCGACUAGGACCGAGAGCAUGGCCGGAAUAGGCAGUUUCAUCUCACAAGGCAACUCGUCGCUUAUAGGAGGAGCCCUGCGGCGCCCGCUCGCUCUUUUGGGAAUCCGGCUGGCUGGCUGGGGACCGGUGGUGGCUGGGCCGGCCAGCGGCUGGGGCGGCGGACCGAGUUUACGCACCCCCGGCGGCGCCCGCGUAACUGUGAGCACGCUCCGAGGGCAAAUGCGCGGCUCUGAUUGGUCCGAGGUCUGUUCCGGGGGCGCGCCGCCCGGUCGCCGCACGACCCGCGCCGACUUCCGGCUGCCGCGAGGCAGGCCUUGGCUCGCAGAAAAAUUGACAGGAUCACGGACACGCCCACUAGUGCAAACGAUAUACACCCGUCAAUUUCCCGCCGCCCCCCACCAUAAUUGUGCUAGCAGCCAAGAUAUCUUCAUCUGUGCAUAACCAUUGCCCCCGCUGCCCCGUGAGGUUCUUUUUCUACGUGCGUGGCUCGAUUUCCUCCCGGGUUCCGUUUUCUUGCCGCCACUGCCCCCGCGUCUCUCUAAUCUCCAUAUCGAGCCCUCCGGAUUUCCCUGUGUGAGAAAAGCACGAACGGAAAAAAGUUUCGAGAACCAUAAUCCCAUACCCUGGAGUCAAUCCACGAAACAACAAAAAAAACCACCGGACGCUUUCAGCCAGACAGCGACGUCCCAGAACCACAGCAAUUAGCCGCCGACCCGCCCGCUUUGUG